AUGGCUCUGCGCUCACACAGGCCUCGGUCUCUGCGGGCUUGCGGCGUACUUAAAAGCAAUGCACAGUCCAGCCCGAGCGACGUGAAGAACCGGUACGGCGUCUAUGGCGCUUUGUCGUAUACAGUGCAUCUUUCUCGCCCUUCCACUCCACCGAGGAUAACAGGGACACAUCCUCAUCCCUCUGUCAGUCUAGCCAAGUCGCAGAAACGCCGCCUGUGCUUCCUAGAAUGCGCGAUCACACUGGGUAAAUCAUCGCGAAGCUCUGUGGCUCUAUGUGCUACAACUAAGUACCUAUCGCAUGCGCAUGGUUCUCCGGGGUUGCGCAUGAAAAUCUGGACUGCCGACCGAACCCACCCUGUGACGCGCACUGCAGCGUCAGCACCCUCGUCUACUCGUCUACUUGCUAUCGUCCCUGACCUUCUCCGCCCGGAUGCUUUCUCUAAGCACGUUUUUCUCUUUCCCUCCCUCUUCUCUUCUCUUUUCCACCUUCUUGCGGUGUGUAUGUACCUGGAACGCAAAUAA